AUGGAGUAUGAGGUCAACCCAAGUCGCUUCAUCUCCAGAAACCCGGUAAGGUGCAUUGGUAUCUUGUACGUCGCGGAGCUGCAGAUCCUGGCUAGUAAUGAUGUGCGUGAGUUCAACGUCAUUGCCAACGGCAAGAAGAAUAAGCUCCCGUACACGCUUGAGUACCUCGUCGCGGACGCCAUAUCUAACAGGGAACCCCAUCAUGGCUACAACCAAUACAACUACACCAUGAUCGCCACUGCCAACUCGACACUGCCACCGAUCAUCAACGCCUUCGAAUAUUUCUCCGUCAUCUCCACAGCCAACGUUGGAACAGACAGUCAGGAUGUUUCUGCCAUCAACGCCAUUAAGGCUAAGUACCAUGUGAAGAAGAAUUGGAUGGGUGACCCAUGCGCCCCCAAGAAUUUUGCAUGGGACGGGUUGACCUGCAGCUAUGCUAUCUCUGGGCGUCCACGAAUUACAAGCAUAAAUAUGUCAUCUGGCGGUUUGAGCGGCGAUAUAUCACCUUAUUUCGCUGAUAUCAAAGAUCUCCAGUAUUUAGAUUUGACUGCCAACCAGCUUAGUGGAUCAAUUCCUCCCGGGCUUCUCAAGAGAACUCAAGGUGGUCCCCUAGUUAUUAGAUAUGGCAACAAUCCAAACCUUUGUAGCAACAACAGUUCUUGCCAGCUUACAAAAAAGAAGACCAACUCUAUGCUUGCCGCCUAUAUUGUUGUUCCCGUAUUUGUCGUUCUGCUGAUAGGAGCACUUGUAGUACUAGUGAUCUUCAUAAGGAGAAGAGAAGCUCAGACAUUGACGAAGAUUCAUCACAAGAAUCUUAUCUCCUUAAUUGGUUACUGCAAAGAUGGAAAGUAUUUGGCACUUGUCUACGAGCAUAUGUCUGAAGGAAACCUCGAAGAUAAACUCAGAGGGAAAGACAGCAAUGUUGUACCCUUAGCCUGGAGGCAGAGGCUCCGUAUUGCACUAGAAUCUGCAGAAGGGCUCGACUAUAUACACAAGGCGUGCAGCCCACCCUUCGUGCAUCGUGAUGUGAAGACAUCAAACAUCCUACAGAAUGCAAAUCUUGAGGCCAAAGUUGCUGACUUUGGCUUGAUGAAGGCCUUCAAUCACGACGAUGAUACCCACGUAUCCACGGCGCGGGUUAUUGGCACAAGAGGCUACCUUGCACCUGAGUACGCAAUAGCCCUACAACUGAAUGAAAAAAGUGAUGUGUAUAGCUUCGGCAUCGUACUACUAGAGGUGAUCACAGGGCGUCCAGCCAUCCAACAAUCUGAUGAGGUCAUCCACUGGACACGACUACACCUCAAAGGAGGCAACAUUGAGGAAGUGGUCGACACACGCAUGCAAUGUGACUACAACAUCAAUGGUGUGUGGAAGGCCCUGGAUCUCGCACUCAAGUGCACUGACCAUGCUCCAGCGCAGCGUCCAACAAUGACUAAUGUGGCGGCCCAGUUACAAUAUUGCCUCGAUCUAGAGGGUGAAGACCACACCAGAUAA